UUCAAAGUUUGGAUUGGAGAAGUUAACUGUUGCGUCUUAGUUGUUUUUCUGGGAAACAGUAAGGUGGUGUGGACAAACUUCUGUUUACUGUUUUUUUUUAAAGACUGAACACAAUGUCCUAGCUACUUAUGCGUUUAUUUAUGAUCAGUAUUUAGUUACUGUUAUCUAAGACGACAGGCUUUAUUGCAGUAUUAGUAGAACGUGCAAUGUAAACUAUAAAUGGUAGAAGUACGUUGUAUUUAAACUAUUUUAACUAGUAGUACUCGAUUUACAUGUAUUCGGUAAGCUAGUUUCUAGCACACGCAAGUACAACUCAUUUCAAAUAGAAAAGCCUUUAGGAAUUUGUUGAUGCUUAUUAGUAGUUUUAUUUUACAUGUGUUAUGUAUUCUCCCCCUCCAGGGUAGAUGCAGUAUGCUUUCAUUUUUUGGCAACUGCGUAGACCCAAGACGAGCUUAAGCUGUAGUAGGUUGCCAAAUAAUUAAACGGUACAACUUUUAUGAAAUGGAAAAUAAAUGAAUUAAGUUCAAAGAGAAAUCCAUCAAAAAUAUGUUUAAGUAGCAGAACUUAAGAUACAUGUGUGUUGAGCCACGUAUAUUGAGCCAUUUAUAAAUAUUGCCUAUUUUUAUGUUUUAAAGAUAGUUGAAAGAAUGUGUGAAAUAUGUUUGCUUAAAACCGUUCAGGAUUAGGUGCUAUACAUUAUUUUGGGUGCUUUAAAACCCCUUUACUGCAAUUCGUGGCAAGUUAUUAACUGUAUGCUGCAGCUGUUUCACUGUUUAACACAAACUGUAUUCACUUUUUCUGUUCAAUUGAACCCCUAUAUGAGGACAAUGUUUUUAUUAAUUUAGAAUUGCUUACACUUUAAAAAACAAAAGAAAACUCACAAGGAAAAUACAAAAAUGUAACCUGAAACAAAUAACUAUGAUUCUUAUAUUCUGUAUUGUAGCUUUUUGGUUGGGUAUUAAAAUAGUUACAAAAAAAGUAUUAAGAUAAAGAAAAGGGUUACAGGAGCGCUGAACCAUAAUUAAAACAAUAUCUGCUGUGUGGAUCUGUCAGUUGCAAAUGUGUACUGUUUUUGGUUACUGCAAGGAAAACUUGAGAGGGUGGUUGCUGCAGUAGCAGCAGGACAAGAGUCUCAGUUUUCACUUGCAUAUUUACUUUUCUACAAACCAAUGUGUCAAGUAAGAAAAUAGUUUUUUAAUAGAUGUUAGAAAUACAUAAUUGCACACAGAAAAAAAAAAACUUUUCCAAAGACUAGUCUGGUGGCAAGUGUAGAGGAGUAGCAUAUGGCAUUAAAAGGAGCACAGCUGGAGGUAGCAUUUCCAUCUGAACAUGAUGUCAGAGCAGCUGACAGCCUGCCACCCCCCAGCCUUUUAUUCUAACACACAGACAGGGAGUUAGUGUGUGCAGGUCUGUGUGAGGAGAAGGUAUCUCAUUCCCUUCCAACAUCAUCGCCACUUUGCAACUGUCUCUCUUGGUCUGGUUUUCUCACCAAUUCAGCAACAUAGCUGGAGCCAGCAAGAUUUACAGCACAGGACUUAAUCAAGUUUAUGCAUACAGCAGGUUAUGAAGACAGCAUGGAGUUUCCAGACCACAGCAGACAUUUGCUACAGUGUCUGAGUGAGCAGAGACAUCAGGGUUUUCUUUGUGAUUCCACUGUGCUGGUCGGCGAUGCCCAGUUCCGAGCCCACCGUGCUGUGCUGGCUUCGUGCAGCGUGUACUUCCACCUCUUUUACAAGGACCAGCUGGACAAAAAGGACAUUGUUCAUCUCAACAGUGACAUUGUUACAGCCCCAGCUUUCUCUCUCCUGCUUGAAUUCAUGUACAAGGGGAAACUCCAGUUCAAAGCCCUGCCCAUUGAGGACGUGCUGGCUGCUGCCAGCUACCUCCACAUGUAUGAUAUAGUCAAGGUCUGCAAAAAGAAACUGAAAGAGAAAGCCACAGCCGAGGCAGACAGUACCAAGCGGGAAGAAGAUGCCUCCAGCUGCUCUGACAAAGUGGAGAGCUACUCGGAGGGCAGCAGCGUGAACCCAGUGGGCGAGCUCCUACCCAGCGAUGCAGAGGAUGAUGACUCCGAAAGCAACAAGAGAGACUUUCUCCCAGAGCCUGGGAACAUGUGGAUGAGGUUGCCUUCUGACUCUGUGGGUGCCCUUCAGACUGGUGGCAGCAGCAGCAGCAGGGAGGCAGAGACACACACGACGGCAGCUGGAAAAACAGAAACCGCCACCAGUCCCUGCAGCUCAACUGGGUCUUUGUCUCAAAGGUCUGUCACCUCCAGGAGGGUGUCGGCAGAUGCAGACUGUGUGCUGGACUUGUCAGUCAAGUCAGGCCUGGCAGGGGGUGGUGGGGAGAGCCUCCCUGGAAACAGCCCUUACUUAUGUAGCACAGUUGCAGUGGCCCCAGACAGUUUGCAGAACAGCCUGGUGCAGGUAAAGGUGGAGAAAGAAGGGGCUUCUGACGAGGAGGACUUUGGCAAUGGUAAUUACGAGAUGGAACACAGUGGUGGGGCAGCCACCAAGAAGGCACUCCCAAGCACCAAUGGCAGGGGCCACCAUCACCACCACCACAGCCGACUCCAUUACGAGACCACCGCCUCUCACCUUUCUGCCAUCCGUGAGGCCUCCCUGUCCAGUGAGCUGGACCGUGAGGACGACGAGAUGCUAAGCCCGGAAAGUGAACGGGCCCAAACAGAGGCCACCAGCACAGACAACGGCCUGCUGCCCUAUGUCUCCAACAUGCUGAGCGCACCCCACAGUCAGAUUUUUAUGUGCCCCCUGUGCAACAAGGUCUUCCCCAGCCCACACAUCCUGCAGAUCCACCUCAGCACGCACUUCCGUGAGCAGGAGGGUGUGCGCACCAAGCCGGCCGGCGAUGUCAACGUGCCGACCUGCUCCAUCUGUGGCAAGACUUUCUCGUGCAUGUACACCCUCAAGCGGCACGAACGGACCCAUUCGGGUGAAAAGCCCUAUACCUGUGCCCAGUGUGGUAAAAGCUUCCAGUACUCUCACAACCUGAGCCGGCACGCAGUGGUGCACACCCGUGAAAAGCCACAUGCCUGCAAGUGGUGCGAACGCAGGUUCACGCAGUCGGGAGACCUGUACCGACAUAUCCGCAAGUUUCACUGCGAGCUGGUGAACUCAUUUUCGGUUAAAAGUGAAGCACUGAACUUGCCUGCUGUCAGGGACUGGGCUAUAGAGGAUAGCUCUCAAGAACUCUGGAAAUAAACAAUAUGAAUGAUUUAAUAACAUAAACAGACAUAAAUUAUAAAUAAAUUGGGCAGAGGUAUGUUGGAAGGGGGUGUGGGAGGGAGCAUGGUCAUGAAUCAGUCAUGUUUCUUGUACUUCAGUUGCAUUUCAAACCUUUACUGCUAAACUGCACUUUAGUAGCAAAUGAAAAUGUUACUACUUAAGCUGAAUAUAUUUUUUAUUUUUUUCCUGAUUUGAAGGGAAGCAUAUUCAUUUUUUUCUUACUGCAACUACUUUUUGUAUUUAAAUUUCUUUUGUGAAAAUUGAACUCCCACCAUAUAUAAAUUUGUGAGGAAAUGUAGACAUUUUUGGUGUAACGGAAGUCAGGAACUUGGCAUCAGCAUGAUAGUAAUCGCAUGCCUGGCUGUCACUUUUUUGUGUUAGACAUGUAGCCCCCUACAGUUACAUGGUAUGAAAUAUCGAACAAGAAAAAAUACACUAAAUGGGUACUGUGAGCAAUAUUUGGUCGUGCACUACUUUAGUUUAAAAUUAAAUAAUAAAAUGCAUUGAAUGCUACAAUAUUUGUCAUGCUAAGCCCUGGAGGGAAGCAUUGAGGGUUGGGGGUGAUUUUUUUUUUCUUGUGCUACUGAGAAACCUGACUGAUGGUUGACAAAAGGUAACUCAUUUAAUGUAUGGUAUCCCUUUUCAAAUGAGCUGUAGGUUUCUCACAAAUGGGUAGCUCGGCACAUAUUUUUUAAAGUAUAUCAUCAAUCCAAGUAUCAUCAAAGUAAACUUCAGUCCUCUGUGUAGAUUUCUACAGUUGCUAAGAUGUUUCUUUUUGAGACGGGAUACCAUAGUUCUACAAACUGUAUAUUAAAAUGUGAAUUGCUGUUCUUGUCUACUGUAAGUGAUCAAAUACUUGACAGGUUGCACUAAUACUUUUUGUUCAACCUGUUCAAAAAAGUAAAUAUUACAACUGCAGAAAAUGCAUGAGUUAAUAUAUAUUUUUUUUGUUUCUUUUUGUGGGUUUUUUGUUAAUUAUCUGCUUUAUUUAAUUCCUAAAUACAUAUUAUUAGUUUUUAUUUUAUUUCUUAGUAAUGAAAUUAGAAGCUGUAUUGAAAUGUUCAUUGGGGUUAAGAAUGCACUGAUUCUUUUUUUAUUUUAUUUUUUUUACAUUUCAGUAAAAGUAUAUAAUUUUAGGCCUGUGUCAGAUGAAAAACAAGCAGAGAUUAUGUUAACCGUAACAUAAUAGCCUUCUGAAGGUGUUUUCAACUCUAAUUUAUACGCAGGGGUUCCUGAUUGACACAGACGCAUGUCUAUCCUGGACUGUUAUGUUGGAUCAGAAGUGCUGUCUGUGUAUCUGUCAGAAGAAUGGGUGGAAAGUUGGCUUUUUUGUUUCUCAACCUUCUCGGAAACAACCAAGAGUGACAGCUUGACCAUUGAAUCGAUAGCAGACACAUCUGUUUUUUUUUUUAUUGAUGUUUUUGUUUGGCACUUGCAACAGACUUUGUAAAGUUGUUUUUAACCUUAGUUUUGGAGAGUUUUUCUGGCAAUCUAGUUGUUGUACCCUGCUAAACUUCUAGUUGUGCUCCAAAUUGCAAAAAAGAAAGUACUUUCAUUGACUGAUUUAAAUUAUGAAUCACUUGUUCAUGAUUGCAGCCCAUGUCCCUGGAUACUUUCAUAACAUGCAUAAACAUGCUAUACAGUGUAUCCAGUGAUGUGUAAUUAAAAAUGUGCUGCACAACUAUAGACAAAACAAGACUGUUUUUUCCUGAAAGAACGUGACUAAGUUAGAAAGCUCUUUGCUUAAGCUGAAUGGACUGGUAAGCCCUGGUUGAGGUGGGGGGCUGAUACACUAUGUAUCCUAGCAGCAGAGGCUGCAGCAGCCUGAUGUGUGUUGCAAAAGUGUUUUGCACUGGUUUGUUUUCGCUAUCUUGCACUCACAAAUAAGGUCUAUGGGAGUAUCACGGAGAUCUUGACCGUGGUUCUUUUUUUUUAUGUUAAAAUGUACAUGACCGCCUUAAACUACUGUAAACAUAGCUUAUUUUUGUGCAGAAGGUAAUUAUUGGAAAACUAAAAUUGUGUAUUGCUGGACUGUUUAUAUAUAUAUAUAUAUAUAUAUAUAUAUAAACAACAGAACUGUGAAAAAUGGCCUCUAAGCAUCUCCAGUCAUUAGUUACUUGAAGAGUUUAAAUAAACAUGUUCAAAUCUGCUAGGGGAGGAAGGAAGAAAUCUGUAGAUAAGGACAAUCGUGUCUAAGAAAUAAACAGAUUUUUUAAACUUUUUUUUUUUAAGAUUUUUUUUUUUCUUUUUUAAUUGGUAUUCCCUGUAAGAGUAAGUUUGUGUUUGACAUUGUUCAUUUGUUUUCUGGAAUUAGACUGACGUUUAGCUUUGACAAUCAUAGUAUGUUUUAUUUUCUUGAGGGGAGUAAAUUAUAAUGCUGUUUAGUUUUGUACUUUUUUUGGUGUGCUGUUGGUGAAAUUUUUAAAUUAUGUGCUGACUGCAAUAAAUUAUAUGACCCUGAGAGAAUUUUUUUUUGUCAUUAGUUAUUUUUUUUGCAUGUAUUGUAUUUGAAAUAUUUCAACAGCAGUGCAAACUUCUGACUAUUUGCAUUGCCAGAUGGCAUGUUGUGUGUUCCAGAGGUUGUUCUUAUUAUGAUCCAUAAAGGCAGCUGCAAAGCUGUUGAUUGUGAGUUACACAUUUUACAGUUCCAUAUGUAUUUCUUUGUAGAUUAAUAGCCAAGCUUGUGGGUUUAUAUUAAGUAAAUCAGACUUCAGUUAUUACUAAAUACAAGACCGUUGUCCAAACACUAAUUAAAAAAAAAAAAAAAAAAAAUCAAA